ACGACGUCAGCAAGCGAAGCACAACCCCGGGUUCUGCUCUUCAGCGGUCGGAUCGGUACCCACGUCAUCGAUCCGCGUAGAGGUGCCGAGCGCGGACGGUUGAGAUCGUUCCUGGAGCCGGUUGCCGGUUGUCCCCGAAACCCAACCCCUUCCUCCCACUGUUUUCUUCUUCCCCUGAUUCCUGAUUUUGAUCCCCUUUUUCCUUUGAUUUUUGGGGAUAAUUUUUGGUCUGCAUCAGAGGGAGGAAGGGGACGAGAUGAAGGGAGGAGCGGCUGCCCCAAAGGAGGAGAGGGAGAUGGAGGUGGGAAAGAAGAGUAAGGAGGAAGAGAUCAAGGCCAUCAACGGCAAAGUUGACGUGUAUGAUGUGGAUGAAGAUGGUGCGGAGGAGGAAAGGGAGGACGACGAGGAACCGGAGGAGAUCGUGGAGCUGGAUGAUGAUGAUGAUGAUGACGAUGACGACGGUGAUGAUGAUGAGGAUGAUGGGGACGACGACGAUGAUGCGGAGGAGGUCGCGCCGAAGGGGUAUCGCCCCCAAGCGCAGGCCGCGGACGAUGACGCUGAAGAAGGGGUAGAAGAGGAGGACGAGGAGGAAGGCGGCGAUGGAGAUGAUGAUAGCGACGACGACGACGACGACGAUGAGGAAGAGGAGGAGGAACUGGGAACGGAGUACCUUGUGAAACCGGUGGGCCGUGCAGAAGAUGAAGAAGAUGCGAGCGACUUCGAGCCUGGCGAUGAAACAGAUGAGGAUGAGGACAUCGAUGAAGAUAAUAAUCAGGGUUACGGUGGUGGUGGCUCUGUCAAGGAUGGUACGUCAUCCAAGAGAAGAAGGUCAUCCAAGGACGAUUCAGAUGAUGAUGACGACGACGACGAUGACGAGAGGCCACCAAAGCGAUAGUGGGGGUAUCAUCCUGUUCCCUAGUUGACUUGUUUGGACUUUUAGAAGCACAUUUUCGGUAAUUUACAUGGUAUGUAUUCUGGAUUUAGUCUGAUGGGGGAUGGAUUUAUGAAGUGAUUGCAAGGGUGUUAGGAGCUUUCAUGUGAUGGUGAUAUGUGGCAAUCCCCUUCACAAAAAAACCCACAUCUUAGACUUUAUUUGCUUUCUUGAAUCGUUAAUUUUGCAUGUUAAUUGGUGAA